AUGAGAGAAACGGCUACGCUCGUUGCAAGAUCAGGGCGUUCAUCCUCGUCGUCAUCCCCAACAUCCCCUUCCUCCUUCCAUUCCUCUUCCUCGUCCUCUUCCCCUUCCCCUCCCUCCUCACCUUCCGCUUCCUCGUCCUCCCCCUCUUCCUCCUCUCCUGCCUAUUACUCCCCUUCCUCCUCGGGCCUUCCGCGUUUCUUCUCCGAAAGUCUGCCCCCGCUAAUGAUGCAGAAGGUAGGAGCAAGGGGGAGGGGAGAGGGGCGGGUGGACAGAUGGGAGCGAGUGGCACUGGCUGCUGCUAAGCAGAGUCAGUCCAUCCAGCGCCCCCUCAUCCACGAUUUCACAUCUCUGAAGGACCUAACCAAGCAGCGCCCAACUCACCACACCUGCUGGCAGCAGCAGUCAGGGCGAGGGAUCCUUUUCUUGUGUCGCCAACUCCUUCUCACCGCAUCCCACUCCUCCCACUUCCUUGUCUCCUGCUGUUCUCCCGCCUCCCCUGCAGAUUCAGCAGGCCCCUCUGGCUCUGCUGGUAGCGCCCAACUCACCGCCACUGCUGGCAGCAGAAGGCAGGGGGGUGGAUCCUUUUCUAAAGCCACCCUAAACUCUUUCUCACUGCAUCCCACUCCUACCUACCUCUUCUCCGUCCUGCCUUCUUUGCAGAUUCAGCAGGCUCCUUUUGCUUUGCUGGGAGCCCCCAACUCACCACCCCUGCUGGCAGCAGUCGGGUCUAUGGAUCAUUCCUUGCUGCUAAAGGGCGGGCUGCUUAUAGUGGGACCGGAAGGAGACUUCACCCCAUCAGAAAUAGAGGCUCUGAAAUCGGCAGGGGCUCAGUCAAUCAUCGAGGCUGAAGAUAAAAUCUCCUCUAGCUGCUCCAAAGACGACGCACCCACAACCGCAGCUCCCACCAGGGGAUGCGCCAGCACAAACGAUGAGAUCCCUGAUCUGACCCUUGAUUUAACGUUACUGGCGAUGGGGCGAGGGCGGAGGGGAGACGAGGAGGAGGAGGAGGAGGAGGAGGAGGAGGAGGAGGAGGAGGAGGAGGAGGAGGAGGAGGAGGAGGAGGAGGAGGAGGAGGAGGAGGAGGAGGAGGAGGAGGAGGAGGACGAGGAGGACGAGGACGAGGAGGAGGGAGUUGCAGGCUGGCUGGCAGCUUCCAGGAAUUUCCCCAGCCCCCAUGCUGUCUCGUUGCUGAGUCCCACAUACCGCACUUUCCCUGGGAUGGGGGGAAAGCGGGAGGCAAGUGGGGGAAGUGGGGGAAGUGGGCGGAAGUGCGUUUAA